AGGGCCUCACCUAGACCGAGUGUUCACUUCGGCUUCGCCAGGAACACUUCCCCGUUGGCUCCGUCCCGUCACGGUGCGCAGUGACACUAGAGGCUGUAGUCCUCACUCGGGUCUCCCAUAGUUGUGUUUAUUUAUUAGUAUACUUUCUUUUGCAAGAAGGGAGAGGCCGCGCCAGCUGUGAGGCCGCGAUGGAGACCAAGUUCUUAGUUCUGGUGACCGCGCUCGCGUCGGUGGCCCUGGCUCUCGCAGACGUGCCUAAUUACAGCAUGAACGAAAAACUACGUAAGAAAUUGCUCAAAGACUAUGACAAGUUGGCCCUGCCGCACCGAGACCAGAACGGAACCACGGCGGUUGAGUUUGGACUCAUCAUAACGGCAUAAUGGUCGACGAAGUGAAGCAGAUCUUAAUUGUCAAUGCCUGGACGAUGUUGCGAUGGCAAGAUCCGAGACUCGAGUGGGACUACAAGGACUACGGAGGCCUCAAGGUGCUCCACAUGGGGGACCAUGAGCUCUGGCAGCCGGACAUCAGCCUGUACAACAACGCCGAGCACUCGGAAGUCGACCACUACGGCAACGUGCACCUCAUCGUCGACCCAGACGGGAAGGUGGUGUGGGUUCCUCCGGCCGUUUUCCGCGCAGAGUGCCCCUUGGACUUCACCUACUGGCCUUACGACACGCAGAAGUGUCAGCUGUUCUUCGGCUCCUGGACGAAAAACGGCUGGGAAAUCGACGUUCAAUUGUUCCAUAACAGCACUAGCAUCUACCAUGGAUCCUUUCUGAAGUACUCCCACGUAUGGCAGUUUGUGGAUGGCAAGAUGAGCCGAUAUGUGAGCACCUAUCCGUGUUGCCCCGAACCGUACAUCACCAUAACGGUCGAGCUGAACAUCCGCAGAGUUUCGCUCUCCUUUGCGUCCACUGUCAUUGUUCCCGCGCUGGUGACCUCGCUCCUGACGCUGGUCCAGUUCCUCCUGCCGCUGCGGGAGAGCAAGAGGAUCACCGUCGGCUGUGUCAGCACGCUGCUCACGCUCCUCGCACUCUUCUACGUGGCCUGGAGCGUGCCCAGUCUGGCCUCCUCCGUGCCCAUCAUCGUGAAGUUCUACGGUCAGGCGCUCGUGAUGGUUCUCCUGAGUGUGGGCGUGUCGGCCGUCGUCCUCCGCCUCACCGAUGCCCAUCACCCCGCUGCCUCGACGCCUCCGCCCGCGCUCCUCAAGACCGUCCUCACCGGGCCCGUCGGAUCCAUCUUGCUCCUGCAGAAGUACAUGGCGAAGGUGGGGCACAGCGGAGGCGGGGCCGACGACGCCGAGGUGCUCGACGAGGUCCGCCCCGUCAGCUACGCCCACGAGUGGCUCCUGGUCGCCGCCGCCGUCGACCGCCUCGCCGCCUUCGCCUUCGCCGCCGCCUUCGUCGUCACCCUCAUCGCCUACACGGCCGCCCUCUGAGCAGCCUCUGCUCUCCCUCGGGCCUCCGCCGGCCGGCUUCCCCGCUGCCUCCCGCAGGAAGGGCUCGCGAUUCGUUGCAUGGCGACGCGUCUGGUUUGGUAGGAGUGACACGCGCACGCACAUGCAUAUGCACACAUGCACAGGCGCACAUGCACACUCGCGCGCGCGCACGCACUCACACACACACACACACACACUCACUCACACACACACACACACACACACACACACACACACACACACACACACACACACACACACACACACACACACACACACACACACACACAUUUACAACAUGUAUUUAUGCACACAAGAGUUAUAAGUAUUUACUAUGACCUUCCUUGUACUUGAGUCGAGAUUGGCCUUUUGGAAUAACAGUUGAAGAACACGA